UCAGUCAAUCGGAACUGCAGGCUAAAAAGAGCUCAUCAGAUUCGUGUCCAACGAGUUGGUAGCUAAUUUUACGUUAAAACAAUCAACGCGCAGAAGCAAUAUCACUAGUGACUACACACUGAGAAUUUCUGUUGCAAAAAUGCAGGUCUGCUGUAGAAUGAUUUAUGUGCUUCUUCAGAGCCUUUUCUUUUUGGUCAUCAUUGUCUGCGGUGUGGACCACUGUCCAAACUCAGUUCAUCCGUCAGCAGGAAGAUGUAAAAUCGACUGUUUACUGAAUGCUCAGUGUGAAAGAUGGCAAUACUGUUGUAAAACCGGCUGCCGGCAAACUUGUGUGAACUACACGACAUGUCAGUUACAAAAAAUCGAGGCAGCGCUGAUGAGACGUGGCUUUUCGCCAGCGUGCAAUCCGGACGGAAGCUUCAGGGAAAUCCAGUGCACAACUACAACGCCACUGAAAUGCUGGAGAGUUAAUGCACAAGGAGAAAAGUUUCAAGAAACCGAUGUCACCAUUAAGUUUUCCUCUAACUCUGAACGUCAUCAACCUCAGGCGUGGAAAAGAAAACCCAGAAACGUCCGGCAAUACCCAAACCUGGAAGAGGACGAAAUGGACGAAAAUCCCACCAAAAAGGGAAAAACCCGCUGCCAGCGAAUGCGUGAACGCAGGUUGAGGAAAAGAAAGAACAACCCUGGAGUAUUCGUGCCAAAGUGCAAAUCAAACGGCCACUUUAGAGUUCUGCAAUGUAACAGGAAAACAAAAGCCUGUUGGUGCGUGGACCGGCUAGGAAAACAGAUUCAAGGGACCAGGAUCAGAGGAGGAGGAAAACCGAAGUGUAGAACUUCAACAGUUACUCGUGAUUGUGGAAAACGUUGGGGUUUGUACAAUCCUCGCUCCCGAAGGAUUGUGGGAGGACAAGAAAGCGUUCCUAACUCCUGGCCGUGGAUGUCUGCUCUGUUCUUUAAUCGCACCAAGCUUACCUGCGGAGCAACCAUCAUAAAACCAUCUUGGGUCGUGACCGCUGCACAUUGCUUUAAUGAACAAACAUCAAAGAAACCCUCAGACUGGGAGGUGCACAUUGGUGAACAUUCACUUCACAGAGAGGAAGGGAAAGAACAAAAGCUUGACGUCAAACAAAUACUAAUUCACCCAAACUAUAAGCCAAGUAAUUCCUCCCACCCCGGUGACAACGAUAUCGCGCUAGUGCGUAUGGCUGGUUCACUGAAGUUCGGCAGCCAUGUUAGUAAGAUCUGCCUGCCAGAGAGUUUCAACUACUUCCAAGCGGGUAAACGCUGCAUUGUUACUGGCUGGGGACACACUUAUUGGCAAGGAAGUUCCUCGCCGGUGCUGAGAGAGGCGUGGGUUGAUUUGGUGGGAAAAGAAGGCUGCAAUUCUCCCCGUUCGUACAACGGAGCAGUGGGAGGAAACUUCCUGUGUGCCGGAUUCAAGGAAGGUGGCACUGACGCAUGCUCUUACGAUAGCGGGGGACCGCUGGCCUGUCCAGAUCCGAGCGGGGACGGCACCUGGAUGCUUGCAGGCAUAGUGAGCUGGGGAGAGAGGUGUGCGUUGCCGCACAAAUAUGGUGUUUACACGAAUGUGAACGAGUAUACUCGGUGGAUGGAGGCAAAUUUGAAGAUUGACAGAUGAAUAAGUGCGAGGUUUUUCUUUUUUGCUAAACAACAUCGUGCAGGGCUGAUGUACGCCACCUGAAAUGGGCUAAUUGUAAAGCAAACGUUGAAAAUGAAAAUCGGAUUACUCGCUUAAGUAAAAAAUAAAACUCGGAUAGUUUUCUUGAUUAAUUUUACAUUUUGGAAAACCCUGCGUAAAUUGUUCCGAUAUUCACAUAUCUUUUCAACGGAUCAUUUCAUGAAAUGUAAAACGAAAUUCAUAAAUAUAGCAUUGGCCGGUCUUAAAAUUAUUUCAGAGAGUUAGGAGGGGCAGAUGCCCUAAGAGCUGUUUGGUAAGCGCAUGCAGUUGAACGUAAAGACAGAAAAUGCAUGUAAAUAUCGAAUUAUAUUUAACAUGACCAAGAAAGCUCCAUAAGAAGUAAAUGCAGGCUCUCUAGAACCAAGGUGGCUAACAGAAGGUUAGUGUUUGGUAGUAAAAAUGGAUAUCAAAUAUCAAGUUAUUGACAAAAUUUAAGAGUACACAGAUCACUUUUUUUCAUAUUAUAAUAUAACGUAUUCAUAUCAAAUAUGACUGUUAAGCAAGCCAUACUUUAUAACGUGAAGCCUGCGUAAAUUUAGUGUUAUCCCUGUGUAAUAUAUCUUUGUUAACACAGUUGUAACAGAUCUGCCAUGAGUUAAGAAAAAAGAUGUAUGAUCUGGUUGAAAGGAUCUUGCUAUCAGCAAGAUCUCUUUAGCAUGAUCUAAAUCGUACAACUUUUAAAGAUGCUUCUCUGAAAUCCCCCGGUGUUUAUCUUCCUAUCAGGAAAGUAGAUCAUAUGAAAGACGUAUGUCACUCAGGUAAAGGCCUUCAUGAUAAACAAGUGUUUAGGCUGCUCAGGUAUUCAAGGGACAUGAAACCAUUUUUGAUGGGGAAAUCGAGCAAACACGAAUGCAGUUAGGAAUCAAGACAUCCAAUUUCAUCGACAGCCGCUUAUGAA